GUUGCGACAGAACGAAGCCAGUCGCCAGUAGUCCGCCAGUUGUGAACGGAGCAAUUUCCAGCAGGGAGUGUUUGCAAUCCUGGUACUAUUCCGAGAGAAGGGCUGACAAAGAUAAAGUUACAUAAACUGCGUAUACCCUUGUUCGGCACACGUCCAGGAUACCUCACGGCAAAUAUGUCCUGCAACGAGAAGACAGCGCUUCUGGCAACGCAACAAGGACAUCAGCAGCGGCAGCAACAGCACAUCAUUGUUGUGCCCGCGACGGGGAAGGAUCCAAAGGAUUAUGAGCCCAUUUUCACAACCGCUGACUAUUCCUACGGACUGACGCUGGAGGAGCUCCAGCCCUUCGCUCUGGAUCCCUGGUGGCAGGCCGUGCGGCGGCUCAGCUGCGGGCUCCUGGGCCUGACUUUCCUGCUGACCCUGAUUGCCGGACUGGUUAUGGCCUAUUCCGGCAGUGUCUGUCUGCCAAAUAGAGCAAUUAGCGGAAACGCGACCACGACAACGAUGACCACGCCAUCCUUGGCUCUCAACGGCUCCCAACUGCUGAUGGCCAGUUUAUAGUGGCCGCAAUCCACCGGGCGAAAUUGCAUCAGCCGCAUCAGUUCGCACUAUUAGCAUUUGUUUGGCUUGGCGGUAAUGGAUGCGACCUAAUCCUCCUCCUCUCUACUCUUUACCCCUACUCCAGCUGAGUGAUAAGCGAUGCACCGCGGAAUUGAUUGGUGGUGAAAUAAAUAUACUGAUUAACUUAUUUGCUAUACAAUCGCCUACUCGUAAAGUAAAAAGAAUGCAACAGGUAUAAGGAAGAGUUUCCGACCCCAUUAAAAACACUGUGUCGAACACUUAUUAAUUUAAUUAAAUAUAUAUGUACAUAUA